UCAGUUCAGUAGAACCAGGAAGUGUUGUUUAUAUCAUGGACCUGUUCCCCUAGCGGCCAAGCUCCGUCGCCAUGGACACAUCUCCGGACAGCGAGACGGCCGGCGCGGCAGCCACUCUGUCAUCAGAUUCCGUAUCCAGCGACCCCCAGCAGCCUGCAACCGGAAGACUCAGGAAGACCGCACUGCGAUUUUUUGGUGGGCGAAAAAGCAUCUGUGUCUUACCCAGUUUUUUGGGUGGCCGUGGGAGAGGUCCAGGCAGGGGUUCUUCUAAAACAGGUGUUACAAAAAGCCAGACAUAUGACGGAGUGAGCGGAGCAUGCUGGGAGGACGAUAGCAGAGGCGAUGUGGCGUCAGGGGAUUUUGAGUUCCGCGGCUCUGGCGAGAAAACUCCGGAAGGUCCAGGGAAGACUCAGUCACUGCCGAGGCAACGCAAGGGUCUCCGCGGCCUGUUUAGCAGCAUCAGGAGACACAGAAAGAGUAGGAAUGUAGAUCUGGACAAGACUGAAAGCAUUAAAAUAUGCCCAAAUGCCUGUAAUGCUGUAGUGCCUGCUGUUGUGGAGGGCAGAGGCGGUCAGAGUGAGGCUGGUGAUUAUCGCGCUGGAGUGUCAGAGUCUGAUGUGCCUGUCACAGCUUACGGCAGUGAGCACGAAGUGUCCACAGUCACUCAUGCCGCGGAAUGUGCAACCGCCGAAACGCUAGUGCCUCAAACAAAAAGGACUGAAAGGGUGAUGAGAGAGGAGGACAGGAGUGAAGAGGAGGAAAGGAUUGAGGAGAAGGAGGAGACAGAGAGGGGAGUUCUCUCGACUUAUCGCCAGCCGCUGUGUGCCGACUCUGAGCUGGCCCGACUGAAGGAGCAGAAUCCUGACGGAGUGGAGCUUGACCUUCCUCCUGCCUCCUCCUCCUCAGAUCAUAUGAGCCUUAUCUUUGCAGACGUCUCCUCUCUGAAGAGCUUUGAUUCGCUGACAGGGUGUGGUGACAUCAUUGCUGACCAGGAUGACGUGAGCGUGGCGGAGAGCUCUGUGUCGGGGGAGAGAAGUAGCCGGAAUGCGGGGAAACGCAGCUCUUGCUUUGUCACGUAUCAGGGUGGAGGUGAAGAGAUGGCCACUCCAGAUGAAGUGGAUGGAGACUACCUCCAGAGCCUGUGGGAGGCUGAUGCUAGCAAUGAGGUUUGCUACCUUCCCUCUGAUUGUAUGGACAGCCCAUCAGUUACUCCCGAUCAGCCAAUCAGCUCAUUGCAAGCCAACACCAGUAGCAGCAGCAACACCCACAGUAGUCCUCUGGGUAUCACUGAAAUGGCCCUGACCCCAGGUGACCUCCUGACUCCCCAGAGCGAACGGCAGGAGUCCGUGCCCAACAGCGAUGAAGGUUACUAUGACUCCAUGACACCUGGCGUGGAUGAGGAGUGUCGAGAACGGCCACGUGCGGAGAGAUUUCCGCGGGACAGCUACAGCGGAGACGCACUGUACGAGCUUUAUGAGCCAGAUGACCGGCUGCUUAGCCCUGUGACGGAGCCCUGCAGGUUUCUGGGUCAGGCUCUGCAGGUCACCGAGAGCAAAGCUACCCCCCUGUACAGCUUGACAACAGCUGCCAUGAAACCGGGCGCCAUGGAAACGGAGGAGGAGCGUCUGAGUAAGAUCCAGCAUGCUCUUUUGUGCUGUGAGUUACAGAACCUGAGGAGUCCGUCCAAAGAGCCUCUUCUCUUUAGUAACAACCAUCUGUUCCACGACCAAGACGGACAGGAAACCGCCUGCAAGUUAAGGAAGACCAUGGAGGAUCCGCUGAACCAUCGCGGGGGAAAGACGCCACAGAGACCCCGUGUCUUUCCUGAGGCCCCGCCCUGCAAACAGGGCAAAACACCGGGCAGUCCAUUAUACGACCCCGCCUGUGACUCUGGGUUUAGCCCUCACACAUCUAACACACCCAGUCCAUCACAGGAGGGAGUGUCGUAUGUGGAGAGAGAGCAGAGACCCCCCACGCUGAUUCCUGGUGAAGAAAACCCCCUGAUAACCACGCAAGGCUGCAGUCAGUCCCAGGAGGAGCUGAUGGUGUGUUUCUCCCAGGCCCUUGUGGAUUUCACCAAAAACACGCGCCUGUACCGAAACUCUACCGAGAGCCUGGAGGGGUCGGAGUCCAGCUCCCCAUUUGGCCAGAGCCUGAACGCUCUGCCCGCCAUCGUCACCUUUGAUGUAGUAGACAUGGAGAACGAGGAGGAGUGUGAGAGGCAGACGGAGUUGGCUGAGGAAGAGGAGCUGGCAUCACAGUAUGAGCCUUUUGAGGAUGAUGGGUGCUACCUUCAGCAGGAUGCCUUUGCGGAGUGUGACCAGCGUGCUUUUGAUGCCUAUGAACACAGCCUGCUGUUAGGCAACGUGUGGGGCAUCACCAGCCUCCCGCGUCACCUGAGCCUGGGUCGGCCGUGCCCGCCGGUACCGGGUCAGCUGGCGCUGAGCCGGCGCAGCCGCUCGUUGGACACGGACAGUUUGGAGCUACAGACCAGCGAGCUGUGCUCUGCCCGGGCGCUGCAGGACCCUAAACAGGCCUCGUCUUUCCAGUGCAGGAGGAACGGACACCUCCCCACACAGGGUUCCGCGCACGACUGUGAUCUUGCGUUACCACGGCAACCAGGGAGGCAGGGCUGUGGAUUUGAACUCAACUCUGUACAGAAAGCCCCGCCCCUGCCGUCACAACAGUCGAAAUCAGAGCAACACCCCCAGGCGGUUAGACCCUCCCACCUGCCCUUACACUCUGCCCUCUGCUGUAACCACAGCCCAGCUUGGUCUGCAGGGGCCAGCAGCCACAACAGACCUAUCUUAGCUGAGGGGGGCAAUGUUUUUCACCCAUGCAGCUACCCCCCCACCACAGCCAGUGCCCCCCAGGCCCAGUGGAAGAUACGGCCAGUGGGUGUGACUCAGGCCAUGCCACACCUCUACCCCAGCCCUGCUGAUGACCAACGAGAGCUCACAGCCAAGACCAGGCGAGGCCUCCUAGAGGCAGGACUUUCCAGUGCCACGCCCAAACGCACCAUGUAAACAAUGGUGUUCAAGGUCCCCUGCACCCUGUCCCAUCACCAAAGACUGGAUGUGUACUCACCCCCCAGUUCUCUCUCAAACGCUCACUCACUUCUGUCUCUCUCUCAAACACUCA